ACAAAAGCAAGCAGUGAAUUAGAAUUGUGUUGUAAGAGAAAUGUUCCAACAGGGGCACUCCGAGGUUUGAACAUUUCGUUCGCUAAAGCGCUUAAAAAGAAGAAAGAUGCCGCGUUCCUCCGACACCACAGCGUCUGGCACAGGAGAAUAUCGCAUCAAACCGCGACACAACCGGGGCAGGCGACGACUUUACCAGAAUCAUUUCUUCGAGAUCGACUACAUUCGCUUCUACAAAAACAAAUUUGUCAUUGAUGAUGGUGUCACUGAUGCUGGAAGCGAUAGUCGCGUCGUCGACGGAGCGAAAGCUCUCGAUGCUGCAGGCGGAGAGGGAAGAAAAAAGGCGGCCAAGUUGAGCACAGAAGGGCGUCGGGCGAGAAGGUUCGACCCAGAAGCUCUCCCCGAGGUCGGCAACAAUCAUCACCUUCUGAAGACAAGAAAAAUCAUUGAUGCACCCAUCAGCGACACCGACACCGCAUCUCUUCCGUCUUCGUCUUCUAGCAGCACGUCUUCAGUUUCGCAAACUGUUGCGGACCUCAUCUCGAGCGCCCUCGACGGGGGCACUGCGCCUGCAGAAGAAGGUGAACAAACUGGUAGUCUCUUCGAAAACGGUUGGCGUGAGGAGUUUUCUCCCAGCUCCUGCGUUGACGGCAAGCCGAACCCGAACGUGUGGGAGUACGAGAUCGGGAUACCAAGGCCCGGGAACUGGGAAGCGCAGCUGUACACGGACCAGAAACGGAACGCGUUUUGCACGAGAAACGGCACACUGAUGAUGCGCGCGUACUGUGAGCAGGGGUCCGCGAUGGAGUGCGCCAUGCUGACGUGUGACAACCAGAAGAUGCCGCUCAAGUGCAACACGAGGACGAUGGCCGCGCCAGCGGCAUCAACUGGAGACCGGGAAAGUGGUGCUGCACCUGGAACCGGAGAUGCCGAGACAGAGGAGCCACAAGCGACCACCCCCUGGAUCUCCUCUUCGUCCCUGCAAAUGAAGCACCAGGUCGUCGAGUCCGGUACCCUGAUCGCGCGGAUCCGGGGUAACGACACUGCACGCGGUGCCUGGAGUGCGUUCUGGAUGAUGGGGGAGGAGUGGAGACGGCUCAUGAACGGAAAGGAGCAGGAUUUCGCGAAAGUAUUCUGGGUGAAUCGUCGGGUCAUCUUGUGCCAUCAAGUCUUGCCCUGUCUUCAAUGUUGUCCUUGGCAUUGCUAGUUGUAUUGGAUAUACUUUGCAUGGUAAUCGUAAUUAAGUAAAUGUAGGACUGACCGCCCUAAAAAUUCGAUGACUUUCGCACAGAGUAGACCCCCCCUAAUUUUUCACCAUGAUACCGGGCGGGAAAAUCCUGGCCGACGUGCGGCGAGAUCGACAUCCGCGAGCUGAACUCGAAGUACCAGAUUAUCGACCAAUUUUCCUUCUACAACGAUACUUUUUGGAGCCCGGAGUACGCAAAAAUCGGCGGUGUCUACCUGAAAGUGAAGGACAUGCCCAAGGACGAUGACGGGUGGACGAUUUUCGUGGUGGAGUACAGGAACAAUAGAAAUGGAAGACGGUCAUCUCCUGCGCACUUGAAGAUGAAAAAAGCCGAUCGCGUAGACGCCGACGACGACGACGACAAAGUAGUUAAGAAGAAGCGAAAAUCUGACGAAGACGACGACGCAGUAUUGGAUCCAAAUAGAAGAAACCCUGCCCGGUCACAAGAAGAUGAACCCACUAUGUUCACGGACGCUUGGCGGGCGGCGGAGCACACGCUGGGGAUCGAAACCGACCCCACUGCGCCGGACUUCGUUCCAAGCAUCGUGAGAAACAGCUCGGACCCGGAGUUUGUCAAGGACGUUGGUCUGCGGACCUGGUGGAUGAAGGAUUUGUCUGAGCUGGACACUCUGACCACGGAAAACGCACUGCUGCAGAUGCCCCGGAACGGAAAAAUGUCCAACCGUUUGAUCAAGCGUUAUUGGGAAACGUUUGAGAACAACAAUUUGUUCGUGAAACUCAACCUCGCGAUCGGCGGCAUCAGCGAAGGGCCGUACUUCGUGCCGCCGGUAGGGACGUCGGGGGAAAACGCGGAGGAGACCCGGUUUCUGGGUGGCGGGGGCAUAUGAACUGCAAAAGUAUCGUACUCGUAAGUAUAAAUGCAUUACAAAUUUUUUCAGCAUGAGAAACAAAUGAGAUCUGUGAUGCGGAUUUACCUAAAGGAAAAGGCUUUGCAAUGCAUGACUGCAAUACGAGUGCGAUACUUUUGCACAGGAUAGGGCAGGAUGAGUGACAAUGUCAAUGGGGGGUUGGUUGGCGACGAAAAGGCUAACCAGGACUUAGGCCUGCUGGAUGAAGAGCUGGAAGAUAAAGAUCGCGACGAGGAAGUAGAUCAAGAUGUUGGAGGACAGCAUGGCGAAAGAACAACAGACGUCAGUGAUGAUCCCAAAAUCCGUAACAACGCACUGAGCGACCUGAUUGCGAAAAUCGAACACAACGAACCUGCGCACGACCUGGAUCAUCACAGGAUAACCUCCGAUGCAGAAAAUUGGAACGCUUCCGAUUUUCUGAAAGCGAUCAGUUUGUCCAAGAUUGCGAAGGGUUACGAGGCGUAUAUCGCCGGGUGGUUCUUUAUCGUGUUUCUCAUGCUGAUAUUCCCCACAACAUCCCGAAGAAUCCGGACAGUACUCGCCGGACGGGUUGUUUUGCAGCCCCGGCAACUGCUCGGAGGCUAUGGUGUUUGGCGGGGAAACGGAAAUGCGAAUGCAGCGAUAGCACGAAAUGCAGGACGAGAGGAGGCACAAAGACACGACAACCCUUCCUCGUCGGUUUGCAUCAACCGCGUUCCUGGAUCAACAUCAUCGGCCGGAGCGAAUCCGCUGACGCAGCCUCUGGUCGAAGAUGCGUGAAGUGCCUCGCGUUGGUGAUGUCUGUGCUAUUUUCCGCUGCGUCUCGGCUGCGCCGCGAUUGCGAUGCUCAUUUUCGGCAUUUCCAUUUGAGUAUUCAGAUUCACUUGAUACGUUCAAAUAAACUUUUUAAAACAUCAGAACAAUCCGAGCGCAAGUACCUAAGGCAACACUAAACAUUUCUUGCCACCGCGUGCUCAUCACGAACGCCGAUGGAACUCUUUAUGCUGCAGAGCCAUUCUACGCUUGUGCUCAUUUUUUAGAGCGGUUUUUCUUUAGUAGGUAAGAACUUCUUGUUGCGGUUGCGGUUUUAGAGUUCGAUACUAAUGCCAAAAUGCUCCGUGAUGUCAAUUUUCCAAAUUAUCAUAUGGAUAUGUGCUCAUGUGGCUCUGCUUCGAUUCAAGCGGAAGCAUGGCAACAUCUUCAAAUUUUGUCAACGUCUCGUUUUUCUACGCAUGAAGACCAAGAAACUAGAAUGCAAGCUGGAGUGACAUCUUGAUUUUCUUCAUUUUCCUAUGUGGCCCAAAUGACGUGAAAGAAUCUGAAUCUGACAAACAAGCGCCUUGUGGAAGUCGUGGCGCAGUGACAGUAGGAGGGGAACAAGGUGGCGCUGCUCGAAGGUCUGCAGCACCAGCAUGUGAAAGAAGUCAGUGGAGUGCGUUUGCGCAAAUAGUCAGAAUGUCGCAUGUAGUAAUGUAAAAGGAGGACAUUGCCAUUUAACAAGCAAUUACGCAGGUUGACCUUUUACUUGCUUGUGCUAUUGUCAUCCUCUUCAUCGUCAUUUUCCCGCACCAAGCCGAAUG